AUCUCCAACCGAUUUGAUGCAUUUCGAUCGUCCGUGCUGACAAGCUGGCUGGACCGGCUGUGGCGCGGGUUCGGUGAAUGCUGCAUGACCCAUUUGUUCGCUUGCAUCCUCCCGCUGAAACCAGAGGACUGGGCACCCAAGUCGCAGGCAUCGCCAGGCCAGCCAAGCUUUCGCACAGGCACACCUCCCGCUUCCCGAUCUCGCCUCUCAAUCGCGAUCACUGGCCGCUGAUCCAUCUCCGUUCACCAUGCGUCUUUCCAUCCUGGCCGCCCCGCUUGCUGCUCCAUCGCGGGCGCUUCGAGGUAGUCUCGGUCUGCAAUCGCACCGACGCUGGAUCCACCAGCCUUGCGGACCGCUGCGUCCAUCCCGAGUUGCUAGAGACUCCACCAUCCCCGUCCUUCGGGCCUCCGGCUCUCCACCGAGCACCGCGGCCGCACAGAUCCGAUCGGCCUCCACUUUUCCAUCGUCAUCGCGCACCAGCGGCGGGUGGCUGUGGAUAUUUCCGGUUAUCACCUUUGGACUUGGCUGUUGGCAGGUCUAUCGCCUGCAGUGGAAGUUGGACUUGAUUCAGACGCUUGAAGCCCGAUUCAAAGAUCAAGCCCAGCCCGUCACUCAGCUCGACGAAGCCGUGAGCGCCGACCAGGAAUAUCAACGCCUCCUCCUCGCUGGCGAGUUUUGUUACGGCGACGAGAUCUUCAUUGGCCCUCGUGGUGCCAGUCUCGUCCGGCUGCCCAACCAGCCCGGAAGCGGCGUCGGGCGAAACCCUGUAGGCUAUUUCAUCCUCACGCCCUUCCAAAUCUCGAACGGCGGGCCACGCAUUCUCGUCAAUCGAGGCUGGAUCCCAAAGGAGGCCAAGGAGUUGUCGAACUCGAGCUUUGGCCAGGUCCCUGGAAAGGUGACCAUCGAAGGCAUCCGGCGCAGUGGCGAGAGCGGCGACGUCAUGCCCAAGAACGUCCCUGAUAAAGACGAGUGGUACUGGAUCGACCUGCCACUGGUGGCUUACUUGACGGAUAGCAAGGCGAUUCUGGUGGAUAUGAUUGCCGGACUUCCCUCGAAUGAGCCUUUCGAGAAGAGAGGUAAUCCCAUCCUCAAGCAGCCUGGAUUCAACUUGAGCAACAACCACCUGUCCUAUGCCAUCACUUGGUUCGGCCUUUCGCUGUUUUCGUCCUUGGCGCUCAAGGGCAAGUUCAGGUAUCGGCGCCUGUGACGUUCGCACUCGAACUCCCACAGUCCUGACUCUGGAAACUGUUUGCGAAGGGUAUGCCGGUGGAUGCGGGUGCAUGCUGGAGAAUAUGGCGAAUACUCUCAGCCCCUCAUGGCAGGUUCACCAGUGAGCCGUACUUGCGACCACAUUGUGCAUCCGAUAA